AUUUAAAAUAAAAUUAGGGUUUAUCAUACUUUUUGGGAAAUCUUCCUUAAAACCCUCCAAAUUUAAAUUCCUGUCACUCAUCUUUGCCGUUGCAACAAUCAGGGAGGCACAUAGACAAAAUGAGUUCAAGUGUCCGCAGAACCCCCAGAUCUGGGAGGCAGUCCCUGUUGUUUCAAGAUUUAGCAACGCCCUCAUCUCGACGGUCUGGGGGAAAUUUCACAACUCCCGGACAGGCGGCUGCUGUUUCAGCGCUGUGGCAUGAAAAUUUCUCCAACUCUGAUCUCCCUCCUCCUCCCAUUUUCACCCUUGAAGACCGCUUUGAUUUUACUCCAGAGUCAGGGAUCUCUGACUAUCCUAUGUCAGCAGAAGUAAAAUCCGAUCCUAGAACCCCUGGACAAAGUUUUGGCAGGGAUCUUUCAACUCCUAAGAGCAAGCCGGAUGCGAGCACUUCAUAUGGUGGAGCUAGCAAGCAGUCACAGCAGCAGAGUCAGCAGAGCCCUAUGGUCAGUUCAAGCUGGUGGUCACCUGCCAAGACUGGAGGUAGUGCUGAGAAAGACGAUAAAGGGAAAGGUUCACCUGUUGAUGGUGUGGUUCAACCUGGUGCCUUGAUAACACUGCCACCGCCUAGGGAAGUUGCAAGGCCUGAAGUGCAGAAAAGUCUUGUACCUGUUGGGAAUAUGAAUGGGAACAUGAAUGAGGAGGAAUGGGUCACUGUCUACGGGUUUUUGCCCGCUGAUACAAAUCUUAUAUUGCGGGAGUUUGAAAAAUGUGGGGUGAUCUUGAAACAUGUUCCUGGCCCACGUGAUGCUAAUUGGAUGCACAUUUUGUAUCAGAAUCGGUUAGAUGCACAACGAGCCCUCAGCAAAAAUGGAACGGAAGUAAAUGGAGUUCUCAUCAUCGGAGUGAAGCCCGUGGAUCCAAGGCAGCGCCAAGCACUAAAUGAGAAACUCAACAAUCAAGGAUUCAUGACAUUACCACCGGCCCCUUCCAAUAGAAACGUGGAGUCGAAUGGUUUCAAAGUCUCUCCAUACCCAUACUAUCUGCAGAAUGGCAGUUCAAAUGCUAAGCAAUCUUCUGGAACCAUGGCCACUCCUGCAAAAUCAAUGGUGUCAAAAAUUGCGGAUUUGAUGUUUGGUGUCUAGUUUAUAAUGCAAUUGUCGACCUUACCAACAUCUACACAGAUUCAGCCCAUCUUGGUUCUUUUUAGAGAAUGGAAAAUGUGAGUAUGCGCGCAAACCUCAUUUGGACACAACCAAGUAGUUGAGUCCCUUAAUAUAUCACAUUAUUUAUUUUUUGUCUAA